AUGAAAGUAUUGCAGCAGAAAAUUGCUGCAACAGUGCCAUGGACAUCGGAACAACUGAAUGCGGAUAGUAAGAAUGCCAUGCCCAAACUUCCGCGCGCUCAGCGGCCCCCUCAAGAUAUUUGUCUUCUUCUGCAGCAGGAUGAUGCCUUUACUGUUCUGAUAGAAUGGAACCAAUAUGAUAAAUUCAGUGAAGAAAUGCUUACGACAGCGGAAAUGCCCCAAAAUAAGCUGCAAUAUUACUGGUAUUUUGUUUACUAUUUUUUUGUAAUUUGCCUCGUUCCGCUGAAUGGAUACAAAAUUUUGGUAUUCAACCCACGCUUUGGCAAAAGCCAUGUGCGAUUUAUGGGUAACAUUGCUGAUACUUUGGUCGAAGCAGGACAUGAUGUGACCCAGUUUGCACCAAUUUUAAAUCCUGUUGCUGAUACAAAUGGUUCGCGCCUUGCAAAAACUAUAACAUUGGCGUUCGAUAAAAAAUUGAAUAAAAUGUUGGAUAUGGAACUUUUUAUUCAGAAUUCUUGGAAACAGCAGUACCAGUCCAUAUUUGGUAUUAUGAAUGUGAGUUCUAUGAGAUUAAUGUUUAUUCAGCUUACGGAUUAUUUUAUUACCAGUUGUGAAUUGCAACUGCAAAACACAAAAAUUAUGAACCAGUUACGACAUGAAAAGUUCGACCUAGCAAUUACUGAAUUAUUUGACCCGUGUCCGCUUGGUAAGGAAUUGUUGUUAUUCUUUAAGUUUUCAUUUCAACAUAUUACAGUUUUGAAGAACAAUGAAAUUUUGAAGGAUGUUGUUAUGAAAUGA